AUGCUUCUCUUUAAAUUCUUAAUUCUUUCAUCUGUCACAGCACUUCCCGUACUUGAUCCGGUACUCGAUCCCAUCACCGGCAGCAUUUGGACAACACUGGAUGGUCUUGUUCAUACGUCUCUGGGCAGUCUCACAGGUACAGUCGGUCUAGAACAGGCAUACGAUUAUGUCGUUGUCGGGGCCGGUACGGCUGGCAACACCAUUGCCUACCGUCUUGCAGAAGCUGGUCAUACCGUCGCCAUUGUCGAGGCCGGGCUUUCUUACCAAGUUGGCAAACCCAUCAUUGGACCUGCACCUCUCGGCGACAUCAUCGGCGUCGGAUCCAACCCAGUCGACAGCAUACCAACCGUGGACUAUGGGCUGAAAACUGUCCCUCAAGUUGGUGCGGGGGGCCGCGAGAUGCACUACCCGCAGGGAAAGUGUCUUGGUGGCACAUCGGCUCUGAACUUUAUGAUCCAUCAUCGACCGAACCGGGGCGCAUUGGACGCUUGGGCCGAUGCUGUUGGUGAUGAUAGUUACAGAUUCGACCAGUUUCUCCCAUUUUUCCGGAAAAGCUUUAUGUUCACGCCUCCAAACACCAAAACCCGCUUGUCGAAUGCAACUACCACAUACUCCGAGAACGACUUCGAUGCAUCAUCGAACUCUCACAUUCAGGUGACUUACGCCAACUGGACACCCGUAUGGUCAACAUGGGCAGCCAAGGGGUUUGAGGCGCUCGGAAUGACGUUGACGGACCGCUUCAACCAGGGCGUGCUGGAUGGUUACCAUUAUGCUCAGACAACGAUAGAUCCCGGAGCACAGGUCCGGUCUACCUCGGCUGAAUUCAUUUAUGCGGCAAGAGAUACCAAUAUGAGCGACAAGCUCACGGUCUACCUGGGUACUCGAGCCAACAAGGUGCUCUUUGAUGAAGACAAGAAAGCCACUGGCGUUGAGGUCACUGCCCUGGGUCAGCUGAAGCAUACGAUCACUGCGAGGAAGGAGGUCAUUCUUUCAGCCGGUGCCAUUCACACACCACAAAUUUUGAUGUUGUCUGGCAUUGGACCUGCAGAGCAUCUUGUAGAGCACGACAUUGAUGUCAUCGCAGAUCGUCCAGGGGUGGGACGCAACCUCACUGAUCACGCGCUAUUCGGCCCAACAUACCAGGUGACCUUCGACACACUCAACAAAGUUCUCGGGGAUCCUGUCGCUCUUUCUAAAGCCGUCCUAGAUUAUGGACUCACCCAGACAGGUCCACUGACAAGCAACGUGGCCGAGUUCCUGGCUUGGGAGAGAAUGCCCAGCAGCGCCAACUUAAGCGAGUCAACCUGGUCUCAGCUUCUAUCUUUCCCUAAAGACUGGCCUCAUAUCGAGUACUUCCCGGCUGCGGGCCAUAUCGGCUCCUUCAACAUUCCAUGGUUGGAUCAGCCAAAGGAUGGGAAAAUGUACGCUGCCAUCAUUGCAGCGUUGGCUGCGCCCCUCUCCAGAGGCAACGUAUCACUUGCCAGCAACUCACCCUCGGAUCAUCCGCUCGUAAAUCCGAAUUGGUUGACCCAUCCAGGUGACUUGGAGGUCGCGGUGGCCAUGUACAAGCGUAUUCGCGAUGUCUUCAACACGGAUGCGGUGCGAAGCGUUCGCGCUAGCGAUGCAGAGUAUUGGCCAGGCGCAGAUGUGAAGACGGAUGAGGAAAUUCUGGCUACCAUUCGGUCAAGCGUGAUGGCGGUUAUGCAUGCCUCCUGCACUGCACGUAUGGGACACCGAGAUGAUCCGACGGCUGUGACAGAUAACUUGGCCAGGGUGAUUGGGGUUGACAAGCUUCGCGUCGUGGAUGCGAGUUCGAUGGCACUACUACCGCCUGGGCAUCCCCAAGCACUCAUAUACGCCUUUGCUGAGAAGAUAGCGGACUCGGUUAUUCGAGACAUGUAG